UUUAACAUGGCAGCAAUAAGUACCGUAUUUAUUCUCGUCCUCCUACUCUACAUGAUCAUACAGUCUGUAAAACUGCAGUGGAAAAAAAGACAAUUUCCUCCGGGACCGACUGCUCUCCCAAUUAUCGGAAGUUUAUGGCAGCUGAAAUUCAUUCGAUUGCAUCGCGACACCCUGAUGGAGGAAACAAAAACCUAUGGGGAUAUCUACACUUUGUGGUUUGGUCGGUUUCCUUUGAUUGUACUGAAUGGAUAUCAAGCAGUGAAAGAUGGUCUCACAACCCACCCUGAAGAUUUUGCUGGCCGGCCAAUAACCCCCUUCUUCCAAACGCUGGCAAACAGAACAGGUAUUAUGCUCGCAACUGGCAACACAUGGAAGACUCAGAGACGAUUUGCCAUAAUGGUCCUGAAAAACUUGGGCCUGGGGAAGAGAAGCCUGGAAUACAAGAUCCAAGAGGAAGCCUGCCACCUAGUGGAGAAUUUUAUGAACACAAAAGGAAAGCCCAUGAAUCCUUCUGCCUAUCUCAUGCAUGCCGUUUCGAAUGUAAUCUGCGCCGUUGUCUUUGGGCAUCGCUUCCCCAGUGACAACCAAGAGUUCCAUCAGCUGCUAGAACUUGUUGAGCGUAUGUUCAGACUUGGAGGUACUUUCUGGCAAUAUCUCUAUGAUUUCCUGCCCCAGCUUAUGCACUACAUCCCAGGCCCUCACAAGUUCGUGUUUUCUGGCUGUGACACUGUGCGCUCAUUCAUAAGGAACGAGAUCCGCAAGCAUCAGGGAAGAAGUAUUCCAGAGGGCCCAGAAGAUUUCAUUGAUUAUUAUCUCGCUCAACUAGAGAAGACCAAAGAUCAGCCAAACCCAGCCUAUGAUGAAGAUAACAUGAUCCAGAGCAUACUCGACCUGUUCAUGGGUGGGACAGAGACGUCCAGCACCACGCUCUCCUGGGCGUUGCUCUACAUGGUGGCUUAUCCUGAUAUCCAAGCAAAAGUCCAAAUGGAGAUAGAUGCUGUUUUGACUCCCUGCCAAACAAUCUGCUAUGAGGAUCGCAAAAACCUGCCCUACACAAACGCUGUCAUUCACGAGAUCCAGCGCUUCUGCAAUGUUGUCUCAACGGGGAUGCCCAGGUUAUGCAUGAAAGACACAAUGAUUCGGCAGUUUCCCGUUAAAAAGGGCUUUGUAAUAUUUUCAAACAUGGCUUCUUCCUUGUAUGAUCCUAAUGAAUGGGAGACACCCCGGCAGUUCAAUCCGAGCCACUUCCUCGACAAAGAUGGGAAUUUCACCUGCCGAGAAGCCUUCAUCCCGUUUUCUAUAGGGCAUCGAGUAUGUUUGGGAGAACAUUUGGCAAGGACAGAGCUCUUUCUUUUCUUCUCCAACCUUCUGAGGCAAUUCAGCUUCCGACUGCCAGACGGAGUGAAAGAAAUCAACACGGAACCUAUUUGGGGGGCAACCUUGCAGCCGCACCACUUCGAGAUCUGUGCUGUUCCUCGAUAGGCCUUUUGUUGUGUCUUGUGGUUGCUUGUGCGUGGAAAGCUGUAUGGCACUUAUAGACAACAAUGUAUGGCUUUCUGCUUCUGGCUUUGUCAGAAACCCGAGAAUCUUAAUAGACAAGACAAGUUUCUAUCUAGCUCUCAUGAUUUCCAAGAAAGGAUUUGAAAUACGUUGCGCAAAUUGCCUGUAGGAACGGGAACUGAAUGUAGAGCUUGGCGAGUUGCUCCAGGAUUAUAUGGCUCCCCCCAUGCCUGCAUUUUGGCCACUGGCUCUUAGUUACUUAACUACCUUUCUUGGCUGAUUUUAUAGAUUUCCAAGCCUAAGAGACAUUUCACAUGUACGGUUGUGGCUAAGAUUCUCUCUACACAUUACUAACUACCUAGGGAUGCUCAAGUGCAGGGUUGUAUGUGUAGUCCUUCAUUCACGUGCAGGCUGUUCUUGCUCCGCACUUGUGAAUGCCACUUUCACGGGAUCGCCCUUUGUGUAAUGGCAUCUGCAAAUGAUUGAUUACAAAGGGCAAAGCACCAAUUCAGCUCUGUUUUUGCUGUGAGAACAAGUCCUGUAGGCUCGAUGUAUUGUCGAAGGCUUUCACGGC